UACUCGUCAAAGUGCUCGAUAUGCGUCGUGAAAUGGCAUCGAAGAGUAUGUCUUUGCCCAGAGGAGCCUCACUCCACUCUGCCUUGGGUGCAACGCCUCCUUCGACGUCGGCGACGUCGUCGUCUGGAGAGAAUCUCGAUCAAGACGAUUAUGUAUCUGGAGGUGCCAAAGAAACUAAACGCAAGAAGUUCCAUCCGUUUCGAGCGGUACGAAAAAUAUUCCGCUGGGGGUCCAAAGUGAAGAGGGUCAAAUGCCCUGAAGGAGCUACGAACGAAGGAGGAAUAAUUUCAUCGAAAAAAUCACUCAGUGUGGGUGAACUUCGGCAAGUGGCUCUGGACCCGAUGGAAAGGAGCCUUGACACCGACUCGAUGGACGUACACGAUCCCAACGCUCUCGCAGUCGGAGGCGGCGUAAUGAUGCAGCAAGGGGCCCUGUACUCGAUGGGAGGACUUUCUCUAUCACACGAUUCCGUAUUCAGCCCUGACACCUCCACACCCGCAGAAAUGGGACAAAUAAUUCAUCCAGUUCCUGUGAUGACCGGCAUUAGCAUCACCAACAGCCUCUUCCAGAACAAGUUGUUCAAUCGCGUUAGAGCUAGACGAGCUGACGAGGGCGAAACCGAUGAUGAGGACGAGGAUCACGGCCUACCGCGAAGUCCAGAUCCCCACACACCGCCAAAUCCCGAAAGCCACGCUAAUGCAGCCCUUAUAGGAAACAUGUUGCAGAACUCCACAUCGCCCGGAAAUAAAGCGAAAGCGAGGAGUACAUGCAGCGCGGGCAGCCUCUCCAGCAUGCUUAGUUCCGAAACCGACGAGGAUUCACUCAGCGCGGGCGCUUCAAACAGCCAGAACAGUUCCACUGGCGCAAGUGGGGUUGACAAAAGUGGCCAAUUGAGCCAUAAUGCCGCCCUCCACAAGAUCGCCAUCAAACCGAAGAAAAAUCAUCAGCGAAGAAGGCCUCUGAGGGCAACGCCUACAGAACCUUCGCUCCCAGCGACUCCCGAAGAACGAACCACUCCGAAUUCGGCUAACAAUGAGGACGACUUCUCCAACUCCGCCGAGCUCCUCGAAAUCGAAACGAGCGGUGGAUCGGUGUCUGCGAUGUCGAGUCGCCCUCUUUCAGUAGAGGACGACACGCCUCUAAGCCAAAAAGCGUCUCCUAUUCCGGAGUCAAUGUCGGGUGCCGACAGGAGGCGAUCCGCUUUCCUCGACGAAACCCCGCCACCAGAGCCAGUAAUCGUACCACCGAUGGCUGUGGAGGUCGAGUUGAUAGAGACACCGAAAAGGAAGGCGCCGCCGGGAGGAGUAGCGAUGAUCAGUGUUCAGGCUAUUCAGGAAGCGCUCAGUGCGAGUAGAUCUACCGGGAAUCUCGUGCAGAGAAGCAAAAGCAUGAAAACGGAGAGCGCCGACGUGUUCAGGACCGAGAACGUCCAGAACCGAUUGAGAGUGUCUUCGACGACGGCGGGCGACGGCCACGUCGCCGAUCCGGAGAAGACACCGUUAUCGGCCCAGAACUCGCCGGUGAAGCGUGGGCUUAACGUCAGCUCGGAUUUCUUCCAACGCUCAAGAUCCUUCUCAGCCAAAGUUUCAGAAACACAUCAGGCUUUAGCAGGAAUCAGAAGACGCGACGCCGAGGACGACAAGUCCACGACUAGUGCCAAAGGAUCUCUGAGUGGUUUCUCCGGCCAGGUCUUCGAGAGACCUCGAUCCGAAUUAAUCGAGGGAGUAGAGCUUCGAAGGAAGCCGAAAGAGGCCGACACGGCUGCUCCUCAACAGACGAUUGCCGGAGAACCCGAGCUUUUUAAGGUCUUUGCAAGACGUUCACUCAAGCAGAAACCGGGUUCGCAAGACGAGAAACAGGACACGGAAACAGAAAAGGAGCUGGUGUUGACGAAAGAGGCGCCGAAGAGCGCCAAAGUUGGUGAUGCCAAACGUCUCGAGUCUCCAGCAGCGUUAACUGCCGGCGGACCUCUCCCACAAAUCCUAAACUCCGGCCAAAUACAGAUAGCCGCCCCCAAAUCUCCUGGCAACAAAAGUCCUGCCGAGAUCGGAAAAGUCAAGGCCGCCAUGAGUGCGAAGGUUUCGCUUCAAGAAAGUCCGGAUUCAGGACCAACUUCUCUACCGGCUUUCCGCCGCGAUGCUGAACUGCGCAAACAGCACUCGUUGGCUCAAGAGCCGCAGAGCCGCAAAAGUCUCCAUUCGAGUCAACAGCAGGACAAACUCUCGGAAAGAAUCCCGCCCCUGCAGAGAGCAACUUCUGUCGGUACCAAAGCCGACGAGCCCACGCUGCAGGAAGAUUGCGACCAACAAAACGCGGGCGGUCAGCCCGAAUGGUUGAAACUGGCUCAGAAGAAGCGAGAAAAACGCGAACUGAAAGAGAAAAGUGACAAUGUCACUUCGAACAAUCAGACCAAUGUCCAUGAGACGAAUAACAAAAAUCAGGAGGCCUCUGCGGCGAAGUCGACGGGCGGACUUCGUUCGUCGAAGGUUCUCGACCUGGUCUCCAACUUCCAGAAAAUGCAAAUGGCCUGA